UGUAGCUCAGUGAGCCUGGGGUUUGUUAAUGGGAUGGACACCAAAGGUAGCUCCCUGCCUUCGAUGCCCGAACCAGCCAACCCGAUCAGCAUGAAGCAGCCGCCUGAGUCCCUCGGUGGGCGAAAAGGCCGGGGGGACAUGAGUGGUGAUCCUGCCUUGCUAAUGGACAAAGCUGCUGCCCAGCUGGCUGCCACACUGCAAGACAGUGUCUUGCAGAAAAUGGCAGGCCAUGCUCACAACAACCACAACCAUGAGAGACUGAAAGACCUCACCUCCCGUGUGCUCAAUGGGGACCAGGAAAAGAUGCCCAAGCUUUGUGCUCCAGAACCACCAAUGCUUAAGGGUGCUGAAGCCCCUGCCACUAACAGCACCCACCAACGCAAGUGCUCCCCUCACUCAAACCCCGAACUCAAGGUAAAGCUGACCCAAAUGGUAACACAGCCACGGUUUGAGCCAUGCUGCGCAGAUGGGGCUAGUUUGGCCGCAGCCGCAGAAGGUAUUUUGGCUGGAGCCAAAAAGAAAAAAAGGGGGAGACCUCUCAAACCAAAGCCUCAGCUUAGCCUCAGCUCCUCCGCAAUGGCCACUGUGCAGUCUGUCCCUGUGCAGGCUGAAGAGGGCAGUAGAGCAGUGAAGCAACCCACUCCAAUCCCAGAGGUGAAGGAAAAUAAAGAAGGAUCCAUGGUACCGAUCCGUUUCUCUGUUGGGGAUGUGGUUUGGACCAAGGUGUCAGGAUACCUCUGGUGGCCUUGCAUGGUGACCACAGAUCCUGAGCUCAACCAUCACACAAAACAGAAACAGAAAGCAGUUGGUAGCAGAUCAGGUCUCCUUUACCAUGUGCAGUAUUUUGGGGAUAACCCAGAGAGAGGCUACAUCUUUGAGAAAAGCAUGGUGUCCUUCAAUGGGGAGGAUCAGUAUCAGGAGCUUUGUCAAAGCACCAAACAGCCAGCCUUCCGUUUUGUACACAAAAAGACUGCUCCCUCUGUGCCUCGCAAGCCCCAGGCUCAGUGGAGAAUAGGCAUCAUUCAAGCCAAGGAGGCUGUCGGCAUGACACUGGGUGAGCGCAUGGCCAGGUUCACCUUUGUCUACGAUGACGACGGGCCACACUUGAACCCCCAUGUGCUGGAGAAGCUGAGACCAGAGCAGACUCAGGGGAAAGUCAAGAGGAUACGGAAAAAGUCCUCCAAAAGACCACUAAUUGACGCUACAACUGAGAAGAAUCAACAGCCUAAAAAGAAGCGCAAAAUAGGCAAAGAUGCUGAGAAACAAAAGGCCCUAAUAUCAGAGGAAAUCAAGGCCACAAAGCCCAAAAGAAAUAAGAAAAGUGACAAAGAGGUCAAAGAAACCAAGAAGCAUCUGAAGACGUCAAAAGACAAAGUCCUUGAGAAGCCUCAGAGGAAGCGGAAACGAAACAGUGACACCCAGGGCACACUCUCAAAGGCCAAGAAGAGGCGUUCCUCUCCUUGUCCUGAACCGGAGGGCUCUGGGAGUGAGGGACGCCCAGAUUCUCCAAGUGACAGUUUGGAUGGAACCAAGAAGGGAGAACGAAACAGCGGCACUAAGAAGGAUUUUAUCUGCCAGGUGUGUGAGCGGGCUGGUGAGGACCUGGUGGCUUGUGAGGGUCAGUGUUGUGGGAUGUUCCACCUCCAAUGUCUGGGUUUAGCCCUCAAGCCCCUGGACAAGUUGCUGUGUCAGGAGUGCAACACGGGGGUCCACUCGUGUUUCACCUGCAAGCAGUCUGAGGGAGAUGUACGGCGCUGCCAUGUCCAGCACUGUGGCAAGUUCUACCACGAGGCGUGCGUCCGCCUCAGCACCCUCACCGUGUUUGACAACAAGGGCUUCCGCUGUCCGCUCCACACCUGCCUCAGCUGCCACAACAGCUACAGAUCCAACCCCAAGUCCACCAAGGGUAAAAUGAUGCGUUGUCUGCGCUGCCCGGUGGCAUACCACAUUGGUGACCUCUGCGUUGCCGCAGGCAGUGAGAUGAUCACCAAUACUGCCAUCAUCUGCACCAACCACUUCAAUGCCAAGAAGGGCUACAGCCACCACAGCCAUGUCAACGUCAGCUGGUGCUUUGUCUGCUCCAAAGGUGGUCAGCUCUUGUGCUGCGAGUCCUGCCCAGCAGCCUUUCACCCCGAUUGCCUGAACAUUGCCAUGCCUGAUGGAAGCUGGUUCUGCAAUGACUGUCGGGCUGGGAAAAAGCCCAGAUACAAAGACAUCAUUUGGGUCAAACUAGGCACCUACAGAUGGUGGCCAGCAGAAAUCCAGAACCCAAGGAGCAUCCCCACCAACAUCCAGCACCUGCGACACGAGAUCGGAGAGUUCCCUGUCUUCUUCUUCGGCUCCAAGGACUACUUCUGGACCCACCAGGGCCGCGUCUUCCCUUAUAUGGAGGGCGACCGGGGCAGCAAGUACCAGAAGACAGCAAUUGGGAAAGUCUUCAAGAAUGCUCUGUUGGAGGCUGAGGCUCGGUUCAAGGAGAUCAAAAUGAAGCGGGAGGCCAAGGAGGCGCAGGAGAACAACCGAAAACCUCCCCCCUAUAAAUUCAUCAAGGUCAACAAACCAUGCGGCAAAGUGCAAGUCUACACAGCUGACAUCUUCGAGAUUCCCAAGUGCAACUGCAAGCCGACAGACGAGAGGCCAUGCGGAUUUGAGUCGGAGUGCUUAAACCGUAUGCUGCUGUAUGAGUGCCACCCUCAAGUGUGUCCCAGUGGGGAGCGCUGCUGCAACCAGGACUUCACCAAGCGACUCUACCCCGAGACAAAGAUCAUCAAGACAGCUGGCAAAGGCUGGGGCCUGGUCUGUCUUAGAGACAUUAAAAAGGGCGAGUUUGUAAACGAGUACAUCGGAGAACUGAUCGAUGAGGAGGAGUGCCGGGCCAGGAUCAAGUACGCCCAUGAGAACAACAUCACCCACUUCUACAUGCUGACCAUAGACAAGGAUCGUAUUAUUGAUGCGGGGCCAAAGGGGAACUACUCUCGCUUCAUGAACCACAGCUGCCAGCCCAACUGUGAGACCCAGAAGUGGACAGUGAACGGGGACACGCGUGUCGGCCUGUUUGCUGUGUGCGACAUCCCCGCAGGGACAGAGCUCACCUUUAACUACAACCUUGACUGCCUCGGCAAUGAGAAGACUGUCUGUCGCUGUGGCGCCCCCAACUGCAGUGGCUUCCUUGGUGACCGGCCAAAGAACUCCAAUGGCCAGACCACCGAGCCCAAAGGGAAGAAGCAGAAGAAACGGCUGAAGAAGAGGCGCAGCGAGGGGAAGAAGAAAUCAGAAGAUGAGUGCUUCCGCUGUAGUGACGGAGGCCAGUUGGUGCUGUGCGAUAAGAAGAACUGCACCAAGGCCUACCACCUGUCCUGCCUGGAUCUCACCAAGAGGCCCUUUGGGCGCUGGGACUGCCCCUGGCACCACUGCGACGUCUGCGGGAAGAACUCAGAGGCCUUCUGCCAGCUCUGCCCCAACUCCUUCUGCAAGGCCCAUCAGGAGGGAGCACUGAAACUCUGGCCACCCACCGGACAGCUGUGCUGCCUGGAGCAUGAGGAACAGGACGGCCUGGAGGACCAGGAGCCGGCUCAGGCUGCCCCGGCUGAAAUGACAGCCGCCACCGCACAUCCCUCCAAAGGCUCCAAGAACCCCGAGGGUUCCUCAGAGAUGGCCGCCCGCUCUUCCAAGGGCUCCAGAAAGAAACUGGCUGAGGUGCCCUAG